CCAAGUCUAGAAAAAUCUUCUAAAAAAAUAAUAUAAAAUAAAAAAAUACACUAAAAAAUAAAAUAAAAUAUAGGAAUUUGAUCCAUGCCUAUAGGUUUAAAAAGAAAUGUCCCAUAAUCCUUCUGAUGAUAUAAAUAGAGAGAAAAGCAUGGAGACCCAUGCAGACCAGCUUGCAGCUACUGAUCGAGCUGCAAUUCAACUCAUGAAAAGCUCCUUGAAUUUAAUUUUCCCUGCAUGACAACUGGUAGAAGACUUUAUUCUCGUUUCUUGAGUUGAUAUUAAGCUAUCAAUAACAUUGGCUCUCCAGUAAUGGAGAGGAGUGAUAUAUGUAGAAUCAGCAGUAGUGGACGUACAGGCAGUUUCAGGAGUUGGACAAAUAACACAAUGGAAGCAUUCUCAAAGUCUUCACAUGCAGAAGAUGAUGAAGAAGCUCUCAAAUGGGCUGCUUUGGAGAAACUGCCUACUUAUUUACGUAUAAAGAGAGGUAUACUUGAUGAAAAAGAGAUUGAUGUAAAUAAUCUUGGAUUGAUAGAGAGAAGAAAGUUGGUCGAAAGGUUAGUGAAAAUUGCAGAGGAUGAUAAUGAGAAAUUCUUGUUGAAGCUCAGGAACCGCAUUGAAAGAGUUGGACUAGACAUGCCAACCAUUGAAGUGCGAUUCGAGCAUUUGAAUGUUGAAGCAGAAGCUUAUAUUGGAAGCAGGGGAUUGCCUACAAUCUUCAAUUUUUCUAUCAAUUUGUUAGAGGGAUUCUUGAAUUAUCUUCACAUACUUCCAAGUAGAAAGAAACCAUUACCAAUCCUUAAUGAUGUUAGCGGGAUCAUCAAGCCUCGAAGAAUGACGCUGCUUUUAGGCCCGCCAAGCUCAGGCAAGACCACCUUACUACUGGCUUUGGCUGGAAAACUUGGUAAAGAUUUACAAUUUUCAGGAAGAGUAACAUACAACGGACAUGGAAUGGAAGAGUUUGUGCCACAGAGAACAUCAGCUUAUAUAAGUCAAUAUGAUCUUCAUAUUGGUGAAAUGACUGUCAGAGAAACUCUUGCUUUCUCUGCUAGAUGUCAAGGGGUUGGACCUCGUCUUGAGAUGUUGGAAGAAUUAUCAAGAAGGGAAAAGGCAGCAAAUAUCAAACCAGACCCUGAUAUUGAUAUCUACAUGAAGGCAGCCGCACUGGAAGGGCAAGAGACCAACGUAGUUACAGAUUACAUUAUCAAGAUUCUAGGACUCGAAGCAUGUGCUGAUACUGUGGUCGGUGACGAAAUGAUACGAGGCAUAUCUGGGGGCCAAAAGAAACGACUCACAACAGGGGAAAUGCUGGUUGGACCUGCAAGAGCACUUUUUAUGGAUGAGAUAUCAACUGGUUUGGACAGUUCAACAACCUUUCAAAUUGUGAAUUCACUUAGACAAUCAAUCCACAUUCUGGGUGGAACUGCCCUUAUCUCUCUUCUCCAACCAGCACCUGAAACAUUUGAUCUUUUUGAUGAUGUAAUUCUUCUCUCAGAAGGCCAAAUUGUGUAUCAAGGUCCGCGCCAAAAUGUGCUCGAGUUCUUUGAAUACACCGGCUUCAAAUGCCCCGAGAGAAAAGGACCUGCUGAUUUCUUACAAGAAGUUACAUCAAGGAAAGAUCAAGAGCAGUACUGGGCACGCAAAGAUGAGCCUUAUAGUUUUGUUUCUGUCAAGGAGUUUGCUGAAACAUUUCAGUCCUUUCACAUCGGCCAAAAGCUAGGUGAUGAACUUGCUACACCAUUUGACAAGUCCAAAUGCCAUCCAACAGCUCUAACAACUAAGAAAUACGGUCUCAGCAAGAAGGAACUCCUGAAAGCUUGCAUUUCAAGAGAACUUUUGCUCAUGAAGAGAAACUCAUUUUUCUAUAUUUUUAAAAUGACCCAAAUUAUCAUCAUGGCUGUCUUGACGAUUACAGUAUUUCUGAGAACGGAAAUGCGCCGUGACACACCAACAGAUGCAGCGAUUUACCUCGGUGCUCUUUUCUUUACUGUUGUUACGCUUAUGUUUAAUGGUUUCACAGAGCUCGCAUUGACCAUCAUGAAACUUCCUGUCUUCUACAAGCAAAGAGAUCUUCUGUUUUACCCUUCAUGGGCAUAUGCCCUACCCACGUGGAUUGUCAAAAUUCCAAUCACCUUUGUGGAAGUUGCUAUAUGGGUGGUGUUAACUUAUUAUGUUAUAGGUUUUGAUCCAAACAUUAGAAGGUUUUUGAAGCAGUACUUGCUACUCCUAUGUACAAAUCAGAUGGCAUCUGGACUAUUUCGUUUAAUGGCUGCAUUAGGAAGAGAUAUUAUUGUUGCUAAUACUGUUGGAUCAUUUGCAUUACUUGCAAUACUUGUUUUGGGUGGAUUCAUCUUAUCACGAGAUGAAGUGAAGAGCUGGUGGUUAUGGGGUUACUGGAUCUCGCCAUUGAUGUAUGUGCAAAAUGCUAUAUCUGUUAAUGAAUUUCUUGGGAACACUUGGAGACACGUUCCUCCACUCUCAACAGAGCCACUAGGAGUUAGUUUCUUGAAAUCUCAUGGGAUUUUCCCUGAAGCACAUUGGUAUUGGAUCGGAGUAGGAGCUUUGAUUGGAUUUGUUGUUCUAUUCAAUGUCCUUUACACUUUAGCCCUAAAAUACCUUGAACCAUUUGGGAAGCCUCAGGUAAUAAUAUCAAAAGAGGCUUUGGCCGAGAAACAUUCUAACAGAUCUGCAGAGUCCUUUGAAUUAUUUACUAGUGGAAAGAGCUCUUUGGCAGGAAGAGGGAACGAGAUCCACAAAAGUAUCCCAUCCAAAAUAGUAUCCUCAAGUCUGAACAACUUUACUGAUGCAAAUCCAAACAGGAGACGUGGAAUGGUUCUACCUUUCCAACCCCUCUCCAUGGCGUUCAAUGAAAUCAGAUAUGCUGUAGAUAUGCCUCAGGAAAUGAAAGCUCAAGGUAUUCCUGACGAUCGUCUUGAACUUCUGAAGGGUAUCAGUGGUGCUUUCAAGCCAGGAGUACUAACAUCCCUUAUGGGUGUUAGUGGCGCUGGUAAGACCACGCUUAUGGAUGUCUUGGCUGGAAGAAAAACUGGUGGUUAUAUUGAGGGACACAUCUCAAUAUCUGGGUACCCAAAGAAGCAAGAAACAUUUGCUCGCAUAUCAGGAUACUGUGAGCAAACUGAUAUACAUUCUCCACAUGUUACACUUUAUGAGUCAUUGCUUUAUUCUGCAUGGCUUCGGCUACCCCCUGAGGUUGAUUCUUAUAAAAGAAAGAUGUUCAUUGAGGAAGUUAUGGAGCUUGUUGAGCUCAACUCUCUAAGAGAGGCACUUGUAGGAUUGCCUGGUGUGAAUGGUCUUUCAACCGAGCAGCGAAAGAGGCUAACUAUUGCUGUUGAGCUUGUUGCCAACCCAUCUAUAAUUUUUAUGGACGAGCCAACCUCUGGCCUUGAUGCCAGGGCAGCUGCCAUAGUUAUGAGAACAGUGAGGAACACAGUAGAUACUGGGCGAACUGUGGUGUGCACUAUACACCAGCCAAGCAUUGAUAUUUUUGAUGCCUUUGAUGAGUUAAUUUUAUUAAAAAGGGGAGGUGAAGAAGUUUAUGUGGGUCCAAUAGGCUGUCAUUCUUGCCGUCUGAUCAAGUAUUUUGAGGACAUUAAAGGUGUUCCUAAGAUUAAGGAUGGUUACAAUCCUUCCACUUGGAUGUUGGAGAUUACUUCAGCAGCACAAGAAGCAGUUCUUGGGAUUAACUUUGCUGACAUCUACAAAAACUCAGAAUUAUACAGGAAAAACAAAGCCUUGAUCAAGGAACUAAGCACACCUCAACCAGGUUCAAAAGAUUUAUACUUCCCAACUCAAUACUCUCAGCCUUUCUUGACCCAGUGUAUGGCUUGCCUAUGGAAGCAACAUUGGUCAUAUUGGCGAAACCCACCCUAUACUGCUGUGAAACUCUUGUUCACAACAGUUAUAGCUUUGAUGUUUGGUACGAUAUUCUGGGAUCUAGGCUGCAAAAGAAGAAGGCAACAGGAUAUCUUUAAUGCAAUUGGUUCUAUGUAUGUUGCUCUGCUCUUUAUAGGAAUUCAGAAUGCUGCAUCAGUUCAGCCAGUUGUGGCUAUUGAGAGAACAGUUUUUUACAGAGAAAGAGCAGCUGGGAUGUAUUCUGCAUUACCAUAUGCCUUUGGGCAGGUUAUGAUUGAAGUCCCUUACGCUUUUAUCCAGACUAUCAUAUAUGGGGUCAUAGUUUAUGCUAUGAUUGGGCUUGAUUGGACUGUGAGAAAGUUCUUCUGGUAUAUGUUCUUCAUGUACUUCACCUUCUUGUACUUCAGUUUCUAUGGGAUGAUGACUACAGCCGUCACACCCAAUCACAACAUUGCUGCUGUGGUAGCAUCUGCCUUUUAUGCAAUAUGGAACCUUUUUUCAGGAUUCAUUAUUCCUCAACCGAGAAUUCCUGUGUGGUGGAGAUGGUAUUAUUGGUGUUGCCCAGUGGCUUGGACCAUGUAUGGAUUGGUUGCUUCACAAUUUGGAGACAUAAAGGACAUGUUAGACACUGGUGAAACGGUUGAACAUUUCUUAAGGAGUUAUUUUGGGUUCAGACACGACUUUGUUGGAAUUGCUGCAAUUGUCAUAGUUGGAUUCUCUGUGCUUUUCGGGUUCUUCUUUGCUUUUUCUAUUAAAGCAUUUAACUUCCAGAGAAGGUAAGAACAUGCCGUGUUGAUAAAUGUAAUUGUAAAGCGAUUAUCAACUUGUAGUUAAUCUUGAGCUACUUGGAAAUUUGCUAGUACAAUAUUAUACUAGAGCGUA